AUGCCUGUCACCCUGCACAGCGGAAUCUACUCGGUGAAUACCUUUGCCUUCCUGGACGAAGGUUCUUCCUAUACGCUGGUGGAGAACACGCUGAUCGACCGACUAAGAAUUCGUGGUGUAACGCAGCCACUACGAGUGACGUGGACCGCUGGAGUCUCACGAGUCGAGAAGGACUCGCAGUGUGUAAACAUGCUCAUUUCCGCUCGAGGAUCAGCGCAACGUUUCUUCAUCAAGAGUGCCCACACGGUGGAGAGUCUCAAGCUUCCGCAACAUUCACUAGCUGUGUCGGAAGUGGUGAAGCAAUACAGCCACCUUCGAGAUCUGCCGAUCGCAGAUGUUCCCCAAACAACGCCACAGAUUCUGAUCGGGCUGAAGGAUAUCCAUCUUUACGCUCCGAUUGAAUCCAGGAUAAACCGGCCGGAAGAGCCGAUAGCAGUCAGGUCGAAAUUGGGGUGGACUGUCUACGGACCGACCGGCGCGAAUGCCGCGGAAGGUGGAAUCGUCGGACAUCACGCUUGUAGCUCGGUAACUAACCAGGAGCUGCACGACCUGCUGAAGAGUCAGUACACUCUGGAAGAAUCCGGUAUUUCUGUGGCCUUGCUUCCCGAGUCAGAAGAAGACAGAAGAGCAAAAGAGAUUCUGAGGAAGACGACAAAAAGAAUAGGAGAUCGCUUCGAAACGGGACUGCUGUGGAAAAACGACUGCUCCGAGUUCCCAGAUAGCUACCUCAUGGCCGUUAAGCGGCUGAUUGGCCUGGAGAAUCGUCUCAGUAAAGAUCCCGAACUGUACCUCAAGGUGAGGACCAUGAUCGCCGACUAUCUAGUCAAGGGGUACGCACACAAGGCAACGUCGUCCGAGCUAGAAGCGCUAGGUUGCAGCAAAGUGUGGUACGUGCCACUGAAUAUCGUCUACAAUCCGAGAAAGCAGAAGUUUCGCCUAGUGUGGGACGCAAGAGCAGAAGUGAGAGGAGUAUCUUUGAACUCGAAGCUGCUGAAGGGGCCGGAUAUGCUGACCGCCUUGCCGGCGGUAAUUUGCAAGUUUCGUGAACGAAAAGUCGGAUUCGGGGCGGACAUAAAGGAGAUGUACCACCAGCUACGGAUCCGAGAAGAAGACAAACGAGCGCAGAGAUUUUUGUUCCGGAAUGAUCCAUCAGCGAAACCGGAAGUGUACGUGAUGGACGUAGCGACGGCAAUUCCGGCGGCGGCGAAAGCCAUCGUCGAAAAUCACUACGUCGACGACUAUUUCGACAGUUCAGAUACAAUCGAAGAAGCAGUGGCACUUGCGAAGGAUGUGAGAUACGUCCAUUCCAAGGGCGGUUUUGAGUUGCGAAACUGGGUUUCCAAUUCCAGAGAGUUUCUGGAGGCCAUGGGAGAACGUAAGGAAAAUCAGUGCGUGCGUUUCGGUGAGGAUAAGGAGUCCGGCUCCGAGCGGGUGUUGGGGAUCGUGUGGAGCCCAGCGAACGACGAAUUUUCCUUUUCGACCAAGCUCAGGGAAGACCUGGUGCCUUUCCUGUCCGGCGAGCAGCUGCCGACAAAAAGGAUCGUGAUGAGCUGCGUGAUGAGCUUCUUCGACCCGUUGGGAUUACUCUCCGUGUUUACGUUCUACGGGAAGCUGCUGAUUCAGGAUCUCUGGCGAAGCGGAUGCGAAUGGGAUCAGCAGAUCGGCGAUGAAGAGGCAGAGAAGUGGUACCAGUGGAUCAGGAGGCUUCCGGAAGUCGAGGAAGUGCGAAUUCCUCGUUACUAUUUCUGCGGUGGACGUUCUUUGGACUACGCCAGUCUUCAGCUACACACAUUUGUGGACGCAAGCCAGGACGCGUACGGAGCAGCAACGUACAUCCGAAUUGAAACAGACGAGGGACCGAUAUGCUCGCUAGUAAUGUCAAGGUCGAAGGUAGCACCGUUGCAACACAUGUCCAUUCCCCGUUUGGAGUUGCAAGCAGCAACGCUAGGAGCGAGGCUUGCCAAUUCCGUCGGCGAGAUUCUUACGUUAGAAGUCAAGCGUCGUUUCAUGUGGUCCGAUUCGAAGACCGUACUCUCGUGGAUCCACUCCGACCACCGUCGUUAUAAACAGUUCGUGGCGUUCCGGAUCGGAGAGAUACACAGCUUAACGAAAAUAGCGGAAUGGCGUUGGGUGCCGACUAAGUGCAAUGCGGCCGACGCGUUAACGAAGUGGGAGAAGGCGCACAGCAUGCAUUCCGAUGCUGCGUGGUUCCGCGGCCCUGGAUUCCUCUACCAGCCGGAGGAUUGUUGGCCGAAGCAGGACAGCAUCGCACCAAACGUUGCCGAGGAGGUUCGAGCGUGUGUCCAGUUCCACGAUAUCGCCAUCACCAUGUCGAUAGUAGAUCUGCAACGAUUUUCUAAGUGGAGGGUAUUAGUGCGGACGGUGGCAUGCGUCUAUCGGUUCGCGUCGAACUGUCGAAGGAAAAAAGAUGGAUUCAAGAUCGAAGCAGUUCCAACUACAGAAGCGGUGAAGAAGGCGGUUAUAAAAACUGUACGAUCGACGACGGUACCGUUGAAACGUGAAGAGUACCAGAAGGCGGAGGCGUACCUCUGGCGGUCAGCCCAGGCCGAUUGUUUUGGCGACGAAAUCAGGACGAUCAAAAAGAACCGGCAGCUACCGUUACAGCAGCAGCAGCAAUUAGAGAAGAGUAGCAGUUUGUACAACCUGAGUCCGUUCCUAGACACUGAGGACGUACUGCGAAUGGAAGGUAGAGCAGCGCAAGGUUCGUCGCUGCCGUUCGAGCUUCGAUUCCCAAUAAUUCUACCGAAACAGCAUCUGGUGACUGACAAGCUGCUAGAAUACUACCAUCACCGAGUAGCACAUGGAAACGUGGAGUCUGCCGUCAACGAAAUCCGGCAAAGAUUCAGCAUUCAGAACCUGCGAGCAGAGUUGAAGCGGAUCGGGAAGUCUUGCAUGUGGUGCAAGGUGAAGAAAUGCCGAGCGAGGACACCGAGAAUGGCUCCAUUGCCGGAGUCGCGCGUCACGCCGGGACUACCACCGUUCAGCCACACCGGCGUGGACUUCUGCGGCCCAGUCACAGUUACAGUCGGUCGAAGAUCGGAGAAGCGGUACAUCUGUUUGUUUACCUGCAUGACUACGAGAGCUGUUCACCUUGAAGUCGCUCACAGCCUGACGACUCAAGCGUGCUUGAUGGCCAUUCGAAGGCUCGUGUGCCGCCGAGGAAAACCGUUGGAAUUCUACUCCGACAACGGCACGAACUUUCAAGCUGCAAGCAAGGCGAUUGUGAAGCAAAUCGGAGAAAAAUGUGAGGACGAAUUCACGGAUUCCAGAACCCGCUGGAACUUCAACCCCCCCAGCGCACCUCACAUGGGUGGUGUCUGGGAGCGAUUGGUCCGCUCCCUGAAGGCAGCAUUAACCGUGCUAAACGACGGGAGAACAAUAACCGACGAAGUGUUGCUGACGACGAUUGCGGAGGCUGAAGACCUAAUUAAUUCCCGGCCGUUGACAUACGUCGGCCUGGAACCGGGAACAGAAGAAGCGUUGACGCCAAAUCAUUUUGUUCGUGGCGUCGGUACGAUCGGUGAGGAACAUCCUGUUCCACCUACGAGCGAAGCCGAAGCACUUCGAGACCGCUACAAGCGGUCACAGCGUUUGGCGGACAAACUAUGGGCUCGGUGGGUGUUAGAGUAUUUGCCGUCGAUAAAUCAUCGGGCUAAGUGGCAUACUGACGUGCCACCAAUAGCAAGCGGUGAUCUGGUGUACAUCGCGGACGACGCAGUGCGGAAGAGCUGGAUCCGCGGCAUCGUGCUAGAUGUCUACCCGGGGGCGAACGGCCGAAUUCGACAAGCGAUGGUGCAGACGCUUAAGGGUAAGUUUAGGAGACCGGUGACGAAGCUAGCGGUGCUGGCGGUCCAGGAUGGUAACACCGGCGUUGCAGAGGCCCCACCAGAGAUACAGGGAGGAGUAUGUUGGCACCGCUACCAGCCGGCAUCAAGAAACCCUGAGGUGUGCGCACCCGGGUAUGGUGCAUCCGCUUCGUAA